CUGUAAACACAUGGGCCGAAAGUUUGAAAAUAAUGUGAAGAAUUUUCUAAAAAUCCACACUUUGACUGAUUUCUACGGUAAUAAAGAACAAAUCAACAUACCAAAUCGCUCAAUAGCACACUUUUACUAUUCAUGUAUAUAUUGAAAAACAAAAAUGGGAAGAAUAGCUGAUGGGAAAAGAAAACGAGGGCGUGGAACAACUGAUUUCGCUUCAAAAAAUAUUUCCAAAAAACAGAAGAAACAUCUUGAAGAGUUUGGAGAAAUACACCCGGCCGAUGAUAGGAAACAAGACAGAACAAAGUAUCAGAAAGUCGAGGAUGAACAAGAGAAAAAGAAGCUCCCCAAAAACAAACGCCAAGUACAAGUGGAGGAAUCAGACUCUAGUAGCGACGAGGAGUCUGCCUAUAACCAGCUGUUAAAGUCAGUUCAUAGUGGGGAACAGUCAUCUGAUUCAGAGAUUGAUAAUGAUGAGUCAUCCGGUGAAGAUAGUGAGGAGUCUGAAGAUGAUAUUGAAGAUGCUGCUGAAGAAGAUGAUGAUGAAGAAGAAGGCGCAGAGAAAGAUGAAGAUGUAGAGGAAAAGGAGGAUGCAGAGGAGGAUACAGAUGAUGAAGAUGAGGAACAAAUUGAUGAGGAAGAUGAUGAGAGUGAAUCUGAUGAGGAUGAAGUUGCUGAGGAAAAACAAGAUAAUGAUGAAUCAGAUCCCUUCUGCCAGCACAUAGAGGUCGACAUACCUGAGGCAUUUGUUGAAAAUCUUGCUGAUAAAACAAAAUGGACUAAAUCAGAGAAAAUGAUUCCUCACAUAGGAAAGUGUAUAGUCACACAACCUGCAGAUUUCUCACCUGUAGCUGCACCAGUAAUAAAUGAUCUCUCUGCGGCGCAUGUGAAAGAAUCACUAAUGAAAAAUCUCAAGGUGACAAAUUCAACCUGCUUGGAAAACAGCUCAUCUGAAGGUCCCUUGACAGCACUGCAACAGCCAUUGUUCAAUAUAUUCAACAGUUAUCAGGACUUAUUGUAUACAAAGGCUGAUUAUACACAAUGGGAGGAAAUUCGCACAACGUAUUGUCUACACAUACUCAACCAUGUACUCAAAACCAGGUCAAAGGUUAUUACCCACAAUUCAAAGAUAAAAUCAAAGAAAGAUGAUAUCCCAGAUGAAUAUAGAGAUCAGGGGUUAACCCGACCUAAGGUGCUUGUAGUUCUGCCGUUCCGUAAUGCAGCAUAUCAAGUAGUGAACACACUUUGUUCUCUACUGGCAGAUGAUAAACAGAGUUUCGUUAAUAACAGAAAGAGGUUUGAUAAAGAGUUCACCACUUUAGAGGAGGAGUCAAAGAGAGCCAACAGACCAGAUGAUUUUGAGGCGAUGUUUGAAGGCAAUAUCGAUGAUCACUUUCGUGUGGGUAUCGGUAUUGCAAAAAAGAGUGUGAAGCUGUAUACAGAGUUCUACAAAGCUGAUAUCAUCCUUGCCUCGCCCCUGGGACUAAGAACCAUCAUAGGAUCUGAGGGGGAAGAAAAGCGAGACUAUGACUUCUUAUCCAGUAUAGAAGUCCUGAUAUUUGACCAGGCAGAUACCUUCCUUAUGCAGAACUGGGACCACAUUACACAUUUGAUGGAGCAUUUACACUUACAACCAAAAGACGCACAUGGUGUAGAUUUCUCGAGAGUGAGGAUGUGGACACUCAAUGGAUGGUCUAAAUUCUACCGUCAAACACUUGUAUUCAGCAGCAUAGUAUUUCCAGAACUGAAUGGAUUGUUCAACAAGCACUGCCAUAACUAUGCUGGAAAAAUAUCACUGAAACACCACCAUAAUGGAGGCUCCAUCUGUCAGAUUGUGACACAACUACCCCAGGUUUUCCAAAAGCUCAGGUGUGAUAGCUACUAUCAGCUCGCAGAUGCCAGGUUUCAAUUCUUCAUAAAAAAAGUGCUGCCACAAUUUACAGACUCUGUGAUGUCACACACAAUGGUAUUCAUUCCCUCGUACUUUGACUUUGUGCGAAUACGAAACCAUUUUAAAAGAGAGACAAUUAACUGUGGAGUCAUAUCAGAGUACAGCAGUGACAAGAGUGUCUCCAGAUCACGGACACAGUUCUUCCAAGGGAAAAUCCACUUCUUACUGUAUACAGAGAGGUUCCAUUUCUUUCGCAGAUACCGUAUUCGUGGAAUCAAACACCUGAUUUGCUACGAGCUGCCCCGAUAUCCUCAUUUCUACAGCGAAAUCUCAAACUUUUUGAAGGAUCCCAGGAAAAGACAAAAUGACUCUGAUCUGUCGUGUACCGUGAUUUAUUCAAAGUAUGACAUGCAUAGACUAGCAGGAAUUGUGGGAACUGAGCGAGCGAGUCAUAUGAUUAAGUCUGACAAAAAUGUUCAUAUGUUUGUGACUGGAGAAAACACUUAAUGAGGGGUUACGGUAGUUGGAUGAUAUCAACCAGGAAAUCAAAGGAUUAAGAUUAUGAAAAGGAUGUAGAAUCAAGUUGAACCAGCUCCUGUCAUUAUUUAAAGGAGGUUUGUACCCAGGCUUCCAAAUCAUUGCUCAGUUGACAAAUUUUACCCAGGGGCAAGGUCAUGUGAUAUCUGAUGUACUCUAUAAAUGUAAUUUUAAGUUGGUGCCUCAACUGCUUAGUCAUGUGAUGUAUGAUGAACUCAUUGACUUUAUAGUGAAGAAUUUUAUCCAGGAGCGGUAUGUACUCAGUCAUAUGAAAAUUCUGAUGAACUUGUGCGAGUGGUGAAUAUAACCCAGGUCCCUGAGUAGGCCUACUUUUUAUCUUAAAUGUUUCUGAAGAGCAUCUACCCAUGGGCCCAAGAGCAU